AUGAUUACAAGUGUUGAUACCUUUUUUGUGCUUGAGAAGUGGUUCACUUUGUCAACUAUGCUUGAUUGGCUUAGAAAGCGAAAUCAAUGCUUCAAUUCAAGCUUCAGCAGAUACGAGCUCAAAAACAACAACGAAUUAUGGAAGAAAGCGAAAACUCACCGAUUUCGACACGACGGCGAAAACAGGCAUUUAGGACUAAGGUGCCUUGAUUUGUUGCUGAAGGCAUUAUUGAUCCAUGAGGCUUGCUACAUUAUGCUAAAAUCCAUGGUAUUCAUGUUCCUGCUCGUGGAUUUGAUCCAAUGCUUGAUUUAAGGCAUUGCCCGAGUUGGACAAGGAUGCAACAUGAGAUCAUUAAGAUGACCAAGGCUCUCUCCAUUUUUUAACUCAACCCAAAGCACCAAGACAUGUGAUUAAGAUGGGGAAAAAUAUAUUAGUGUAAUGCAUGAUGUAAUGCUUGUACCUAAACCCUCAUUUGGGUCAUUCAAAAUGUAAUACAUAAAAAAUGUAAUUGAUUUUAAAAUGGUGAAUCCAAAUUUAAUUCAA